AUACAAUAAUGUUUCAGUCCAAAUGAGAGGUCGUCUCACCCUUCGUGGGCUCAGGUUGAAACUCUGGUUGAGUUUAUGGAAAGAAACACUGGCAUGGCGAAGGGUUUCUUGAGAACACAAAAUGCCAGAGAGCGAAGUCGACGCCAGUGGGAGACUUAGCCGUGCGCUUAAAUAGUAUAGGUGGCACCAUCAAAACCUACAAACAGUGGACCAAGGUUAACAGUGUUUUUUUUGCAUGUUAGAACUGUGGUGUGGUCUAUGAUCACGUAGUGAUUAGUCAGUAUUGAUAAUGUUAAGAUAAGUAGACGAUAGGAAUGCCUCGUACAGAAUAAGAUAUUUAAUAAGAUAGUAAUUAGUUAAGAUAAGCACGUAGCUUUUCCUUUGUAUAAAUAGCGUAGUAUAUUCAAUAAAGGGGGCACUUCUUAGUAGGUAUUGGUUGCCUUGACUAUACCUAGACAUGUAGUUCUGUUGUUUUAUUAACACGUUUACCCUCAUCAGCACCUAAGGACCCUGCCUGUCGGAAGGUUGGCAAGCCCAACAUCAUAGAACCACUUAACAUUCCCAGCCGAUAGUCUUAGUUUCAAAUUAAGGCUGAGCAGUUUGUUAAGGACAGUAUAAUUCUUCUUGACAUGAUCCUGAAACAUCCAGUAAUAACCACCAAAGCUACGAACGCAACCAAUAAUAAACUAAAAGAAGAAGCAUGGAAGGCAAUUGCACAGGAGUUCAGUGCUGUUACGGGAGAUAUGCAGCGUCCUGAGCAAAUUCGACUCAAGUGGGAAAAUUUGAAGAAGUUUGCAAGGAAGCGUAGUGCUUUCAUAAGACAAAAUAACCUUAAGAAUGGAGGAGGGAAGUCUUAUAUACCUCCUGAUGAAGUUUUGGACCGAGUAGCAUCAAUUUUAGGUACUAAAUGCAAUGGCUUCCCUGCGGAGUUUGGUGGUGAUUCGGAUGAAGCUAUUGCUAGCAGAGCCUCUGAAGCAAUCAUAGAAGUUUUUGACUUCCCACCAUUUCCAGAAGUAGCUCAGGGCAGUAGCGCUGUAGUAACGGGUGGUGAUUGUGGUGGUGAUAACGGCGGUGGUAGUUACACACCAAACAACUACAUUUUUAACACUCCAAAAAGUGCCAUGAAUAAACGGAGGAAGCUCUCUGAAGAAGUACAGAGAGCUCAGAGAGACAAAGAUCUGGGGUUGGCAGCUUACCACGUUGUUUUUGUUAAAAUAAGGAUACAGGCGGAGCUACAUUACAGCACAAAAACGACGCUUGGAUUCGUGUUACGUCCGAAUAUAAUGCUAGCCCUCUCACUACAAAACAGGCAACAGUUAAAGAAGUACUGCGCACCCACAAGGGUUAACACAAAGCAGCGUCAAAGGGAGGCCUUGACGAAAGAACGCCAACAUAGGCUAGCUACUGGAGGAGGGCCAUCUAUCAGCGAUGCUGUCGUUGACCCUGAUGUGUCCAUGGUGGCCCCAGCUCUGAUUGUUGGAAUCGACAAUGCUAUUGAUUCCGAUUUAGUUGAAGAGUCUUCGCAGUCACAAAUACCAGACGCCGUAGAAAUAGAGCAUUAUGUUUUAGACGAUGUUUCGCAGACAUCCGUCAUUUCCCACGAUCAAGCCACCGAAGAUCACAUUGUACUGCCUGAUUCACCAAUCCCUUCCACAUCCCAAAUGUCCCAACCCUUUAUCACAACCAUCCCAUCAGCAAGAAAGUCACCUGCACGUUCUAACACUAGAACAGGUUUAAAAAAUAGUGUGAUAGAGCAGGAGUACAAGGAUAGACCUGUGCGGGCCACAGAAAAACACAAUAUAGAGAUGCAGAUUUUGAAAGAACAGCUAAGGGAAGCCAAAGCAAAGGCAGACUUAGCUGAACUUAUUUUAAAAGAAAAACAAUUCAACAGGUUAGUUGGAUAAAAAUUAUGUUUUUUUUUACAUUU